AUGCAGCAUCCAUGUUCGACCGAACGUUCGAAACGCGUACCACAGCGGCCUCGGUUCGCAGCCCUUCUCGUUUCGAACCCAUCGCCCGGCACGAAUCGAUUCCAUUUAAACCUCCCCGAAACCCGGAUUGCAGUUCACCGAACCUGCGGCAGCAGCACCCGCGAGAACAACACCUACUUCCAGAACCCCGGCUACCCCUCCCCCUUCCGCGGCAUGGGCACCUGCCACCUCCUCGUCUACAAGGUCCGGAACGACAUCUGCCAGGUCCGGCUGGACUUCCUGGAGUUCCAGACGGCCGGGCCCUCCCUCCGCGCCGACACGGCCGGCCAGUGCCUCACCGAUCGCUUCACCGUCGCCGGCAUGCACAACAUGGCCCAGGUCCCUCAGGUCUGCGGCUCCAACCAGGGCCAACACAUGUACCUCGACGUGGACAUGGAGGAAGCCCCGAUCAUGGUGAACAUGAUCAUCAUGGGAGGAGACAUCAGCCGGAAAUGGAACAUCCGAAUCGCUCAGAUCCCUUGCGGCAUCCUCACCGCCCCUGUGGGAUGCCUGCAAUGGUUCACCGGCCUGCACGGCGAAGUGAAGAGCUUCAACUUCGACGAGAACAGCGUCCACCUGGCCGACCAGCACUACACCGUCUGCGUGCGAUCGGAGUCCGACUUCUGCAGCAUCGAGUGGAGGGCGGUGGGCUCGAACGAGGAAAACUCCACCGUCACCGGCGCCUUCUCCAUCAGCGACGGGAUGCCCUCCGGCGCUUUCCCCGUCGCCGAUCGGUUCCUCUGCGAGAUCUCGGGUAAACCUGGGGUGACCGAGAUCGGGAAAGCUCGGUGA